UUGAGGUUAUCUGAAGAACCUGAUGGGGAAGUGAUGGAGUCCGUAUUGUGUCUCACGUAGACGUAAAUAAAUCAGAUAAAUAAGACACAUCUGAUUUUGUUGGUGCUCGAGAGAAGCUGCUGUUUGAAACCAGCAUCAUGUUGGCCAGGAAGGGCCUCCUGCCAGACGGUUUCCUGCUGACCCGUCUGGCGGAGGACCAGAACCAGCCGAACCGCAGCCGCUCCAGAUCUCAGAGAGCUCGCUUCAUCACCAAGACUGGAUCCUGCAACGUGGCCCACAAGAACAUCAGGGAGCAGGGUCGCUUCCUGCAGGAUGUUUUCACCACCAUGGUGGACCUGAAGUGGCAGCACUCCCUCCUCAUCUUCACCUCGGCCUUCCUCUGCUCCUGGAUGCUGUUCGCUAUGAUCUGGUGGCUUGUUGCCUUCGCUCACGGAGACCUGGAGCCCCAUGAUCCCGAUGGUGAGCCGCGCCCCAUUCCCUGCGUCACCGCCAUCCACUCCUUCACCUCAGCCUUCCUCUUCUCCAUUGAGGUCCAGGUGACCAUCGGUUUUGGAGGCAGGAUGGUGACGGAGGAGUGUCCUCUGGCCAUCACUGUGUUGAUCAUCCAGAAUAUUCUGGGGUUGAUCAUUAAUGCCGUGAUGCUCGGCUGCGUGUUCAUGAAGACAGCGCAGGCCAACCGCCGAGCAGAGACGCUCAUCUUCUCGAGAAACGCCGUCAUUGCUCCUCGAAACGGUCGACCGACCUUCAUGUUCAGAGUGGGAGACCUGAGGAAGAGUAUGAUCAUCUCUGCCACCAUACAGCUGCAGGUAAUCCGGCGGACGGUGACGGCAGAAGGCGAGGUGAUCCCAGUGUGCCAGCUGGACAUCCAGGUGGAGAACCCUCUGAGGAGUAACGGUAUCUUCCUGGUUUCCCCUCUGAUCAUCAGCCACACCAUGGAGAGAGGAAGUCCUCUGUACGAGCUCUCCGCCCAGUCGCUGGCCUCUGAAGACCUGGAGAUCAUUGUAAUCCUGGAAGGUGUGGUGGAGACAACAGGGAUCACCAUGCAGGCCCGGACCUCCUACACUCCUGAGGAGAUCCUGUGGGGGAGGCGCUUCGUCUCCAUCAUCACAGAAGAGGACGGACGCUACUGCGUUGACUACUCAAAGUUCGGCAACACGGUCCCCGUCAGGAUGUCGUCUCUCAGCGCCAAGGAGCUGGACCAGACCAGGGGCGUCCAGGAAGGCAGCUCCGACUCCGUCAACCCACAGGGCUGGGGGCUGGUGCGAGCCGGCAGAGGGGGCUUCCGUAGAGGAGGGCGCACCUGCGACAGCGCCGCUGCCCCUCAGCCCUGGUACACCCAAUCAGAGAAGCCAGAGAAAGAGGUGGAGCAGAGAGGGGAAAAGAAGAAGGUGCAGCUGGAGGUGAUUGGACGACAGAUAGAAGAGGACGCACUGGGAGAGAUGAGCGACUGAGAACCAGUAAACUGACAGCGUGCCAGCAACAAAAACACAUGGUGUUCCCACAACAUUUACUGCUGAGUAAAGUGAGACACCAGCAGCACACUGCUAACUCUCAGUGAGAGGACCAACUGGAUGUCACACCCUCGGCACACUCACAAGGUGCAAUGAGAUUCAGAACGAGGUGGAAAUUACACAACACAUGCCCCUUUAGAAGGUCACUGCCUAUUCAACUCAACUCAGAAUGUUUUUCCAAGGAUGGAAAAUGGAAUAUUUUUGUUCCUGGAGCAAUUUUACUGUUUGUUUUGAUGUUUUCAAGCUGUGAUCUGAUCCUCCAUUUUCUUUGUAUAUUUCAUUGUUUGGACUAAACAGUAAAAACAGCAACAUCACAUCACAUACACCCCAAUGUUUAUAUAUUAUAUAUAUUAUA